ACAGCCUUGCGCACGUCUUACCUGUCCACUCCGCCACUCGUGACAUCUCGACGCAACCCUGCGACAAGCACCAUGGCUCAGUAUUUCUUCGAUCUGCUUUACAAUUUUACCGAUUGCAUGUGCUGUUUCCCCAGCACUCCGCAAUUGAAGAUCAAAAACCGGAGUUUUAAACUCUUGCGCCUGUUGGGCGAGGGUGGUUUCUCCUACGUUUAUUUAGUUCAGGACAAGAACACCUCGGAAUUAUUCGCUCUGAAGAAGAUUCGCUGCCCCUUCGGCCAGGAAUCCGUGUCGCAAGCCCUAAAAGAAGUCGAAGCGUACAGCUUGUUUACCGCACACGAUAACAUCAUCCAUUCCAUCGACCACUGUGUCUCCACAGAAUCCGGAUCCAAAUUUCGAUCUGAUGGAGGCGAUGCCGGUUCGAAAACUGUCUAUAUUCUGCUGCCCUACUACCAGCGAGGGAAUCUCCAGGAUGCCAUCAACGCCAACCUGGUCAACCACACUCGAUUCCCUGAAAAACGGCUGAUGGUGCUGAUGCUUGGGGUCGCCCAAGCCCUCCAGUCUAUGCACCAAUAUCGUGUCAAGAGUGGCGCGGCGUCCACCCGGCAGGCGAAAGCGGUUCGCAGAGAGGGCGACGAGGCCGACGCCGAAAGGUCGAUGCAGAUGAAACCUAAACGACGCGCUAGCCAUGGCGUGGACGAGGACGAGGAGAACGAACCCUUGAUGGAUGACGAGGUCACGCGCAGCCAGGAGGGUGUCCACGAUGGUGGCCUGCGGCCCUAUGCGCACCGCGAUGUGAAGCCCGGCAACAUCAUGAUCGAUGAUGACGGUCAAACGCCUAUCUUGAUGGAUCUCGGGUCUCUGGCGCCGAGCCCAAUCGCGGUUACCUCGCGCUCACUUGCCUUGGCUGUCCAAGAUACUGCGGCAGAGCACAGCACCAUGCCGUAUCGGGCACCGGAACUGUUUGACGUGAAGACUGGGUCCAUUAUUGAUACCAAAGUGGACGUCUGGUCGCUGGGCUGCACACUGUAUGCCUGUCUGGUCGGCAAGAGCCCGUUCGAGGCGCGCAGUGAAGAGACCGGUGGCAGCCUGAGCAUGUGUGUACUUGGCGGCGACUGGAGAUUUCCCGACGACAAGCCCGGUGCUGGCAAGGGCAAAGGCAAAGUGGGACCUGAGAACGGAGAGGCAUCCAAGAGCGAGGGUUCGGUCAGUGAUCUCGCCAAGAACGUUGUUCGCAAGUGUCUCCAAGUCGAGCCCGCGGAGCGUCCUGAUAUCGAUGAACUCAUCCAAAUCAUCAAGGAUACCAUCAAGGAGUUGCCCAACGACGAUGACAUUGCGGGUGCAUCUCACUGA